CUCCAUAUCUUUGUCAACGAGGUAUGCACCUGAAGAUUAGACAUUCUUUUGCUAAUGUUUGUUAUCUUUACCCCUCAGUGUUUCCUUCAGUGUCCUGUGUGACUUGAAAAGCCGAGGCAUGAUGAGUUCCCUGCAGAUUAUUGCCAAAAGGUCCAGAUCAUGGCAAACGAUAACUGCUUUCCGUCUUAUCAGAUAUCCGGUUCCCAACUGUUCCGCUAAUCACGACAUCGGAACGGAACGACACUCAUCAACGUCUGGACGGGGACCCAAAGACCCUUGAGGCUUGAGGCUUGAUCCUCUGGGCCCUCCACUCCACUCCACUCCCCCCUCCCUCUCUCCAGCACCCGCCCGUGAACCCACCUACCGCCCCGUCCGUCAGGUCAACAGGGGCAUUGUCGCUCGCUCUGGAUCGCUGUAGCACGUACCUAAUGUAACCUGCUGCAGUGCCCACUGGACUAUAGCAUGCUGCUGUACUGCUAAGCUGCAGCGAGAGAGAGAGAGAGAGAGAUGCAGAUUGCUCUUCGUUACGCUACUGGCCCCUCCACUCUGCUGUGUACGAUGGAUGGAUCAUGCCAAGUCCAGGAUCUUGUCCGGGUGGGCGUUACCGAUGCAUGUGAAGCACGAGGUUGAGUGGAUGGACCCGACAGGAGUGGUAAGAGGCGGUUACAAGGGUGAAGAAAGAGAGUGAGAGAGAAAGAGGAAAAAAAAAAAGAGAGAGAGAGAGAGAGCGCACGCGAAUGGCUGAUUCAAAGAUAUAAACUUGCAAAGUUUCCCACGCAUCGUCGUCGAUUCCUUUCUAGCUUGUUCGCUUACCAGAACUUUCCAGAUCGCUCGCUCGCUCACAACAAACAACAGUCAGUCAGUCAGUCAGUCAGUCAGUUCAUCGACUCGACUCAACGAAUCUCACGAAAAGAGGGCAGUGGGUAGAAUUCUUCUUCUGGUUGACAUCAGGCUGCCUGUAAUUGUGCUGUGCUGUCUGAUAAACCAAAAGAUUUACCAAGAGACCGUGUCUAUCCCUGAGACAACACUGCCUACCUACCUAGCCCAGAAACAUUUCUGUCUCGGUCGUUGCAUAUUUGGCGUGCUUGCUUGUUGAUUGUGGUGAACCUUUUGACAUCUUAUUGUCUUUCCAAACUGCUGAGACUUCUUAUCUCAAUACGAGCGACUAUCCUUGUCAGAGGAUUGAGUUCGAGGCUACUGUCUGUCCAUACGUACACCAUCCGCGCCAGCCACAAGCCAGAGGGGGAGAGAGAGAGAGAGAGAGAGAGAGAGAGAGAAAGAAAGAAAGACUUUUGGUCAACAGGAGCGCAUCUGAUAAGAAGCCCGGUAGAUCCCGACUUCUUUGUCUUUCGUCUUCGCCCUUGCUUCGCGAGCGAGACAAUUGCAGCUGCUUGCGAGGCUCUCUUGUGCAAAGUUCCUUUUGAGCAACGGAACCGUCGCAGCGCCAACGCCCGCAGAAACGAAACUGUUCAGGCCAAGGACUAACUAAACAAACCUGGCUCCUGGCCUUGCGAGGGCGAGGUUACAAUCUAGUUAGUCUAGAGUUUGACCCCACCCAAUUGCUCUUUGGGCGUUACCACGACAAGCUUUAAUCUUUAAAUUGGAUCUCGAAGCGGGCUGUGUCUCAAGCCAAGCAGGGUGUGCCUACGGAUACAUACUACUACUUCUACUACUCAGAGUCAUAUUUGGGUACGUCAUUUCCUGCUUCCAAUUGACAUCGUCGUUCCUCACAUCCUCCCCUUGUCUGUCUGUCUGUCUUGUCUCUCUCACAAGACAAACGAGUCACUACUCUGUUUCACUUGAGGAUCAAAUAUCGUGACUUUGUUGGAUUGCGCAUUUGACUUACAACACUUUCUGCUCUGUAGGUAUAAAGAUAUCAAGCUUGAUCCACCUUCCUCAAUUGAAGUUUUCAGUUCGGCGUUGAGCAGCAUCUUCCGCUCGCUUCUCCCGCCGCCCAACUCACCUCAAUUCGACUCAGUUCGACUUGUGUGAUCCUUUCUCUACGGCUCGCAUCUCAUCUGUACUCUAGGGCCUCGCCUGAAUACUGUCAAGAGACAGAUAGCAAGGCGAGCCUUAGUAUAGGGGAUAUCAUCAUUCGCUCUUUUUCUUCUUUUCUCUCUCUCUAUCUCUCUGUCUCUGUGUCACUUUCGUUGACGUCCAUUCAUUCCCUUGAUUGCCGAAUUUUUAUUAUUAUUGAUCAGACAUGAAGUUUGGCGACCAUCUCGAAAGAGAGUCUGUUCCAGAAUGGAGUCUCCAUAACCUCGACUACAAUUCCAUCAAGCAUGAGAUCAAGAUGCACACGACGCGCGACCAGGCCACGGCUAUGGCCAUCCCCGGGCAAAAAGACGAGGCUCUUUCGCGAUUCGAGGAUGGCUUAUACAUGGAGCUCGAUCGUCAGCAUGAAAGACUGCAGUUAUUUGUUUCAAGCAAGGCAGAUGAGAUUUCGCGCCGAUUAGAAUACCUCGCCAAGAAUAUUGAUCGUUGGGCAUCAAAGAACCACGAACAGCUCGCCGGUGAGUCUGCCAUCAAGCACCAUAGGCGCUUCACCAAGUACGAGCGCGAAUUGGUUCGUUGUGGCAGUGACAUUCAAUCCCUCGAGCGCUUCGUCAAGGCUCAGACUGUCGCCUUUCGCAAGAUCACAAAAAAAUACAAGAAAUGGACUGGUUCUACAACCCUCGGUGUUCGUCUCUAUGAGAACGUUCUCUCCGACCCCAAAAGUUUCACUCGCCGUGACUUUUCCUCCUUACAACAACGUUAUGACGACAUCACAUGCACACUCAAUUCUGCCGCCCCCGUAUUGAGCGAACCUAGCUCACCAGAAUCACCAGCUCAGUCAUACCGACGUCAAUCCCUUGCAGGAUCUCUCAACUCGACAAAUCGUCACGCCACCAGUCGUGCUCAACCUACGUUCGAUUUCUUACCUCCACCGCAGAUGGAAGAACCUGCCAAGUACUGGAACGAAUAUGACGACGGGAGUGAAUGUGCAGCUGAUGAUGAUGGAUAUGCUAUCUAUAUAAACCCAGAUGAAAGCACCAGUUUUCCGGGAUUCGACUAUCUGCAGAAUGCCCUCAAAGCACCCAUGAAGAAGGCAAGGGGUUGGUUCAAGCACAACAACACCCGGGAGCGCCAGUCUCUACUCGGUGCCAACCAUUCACCUUACCAAUACUCCAGCACGACCUUCAACAAUAGCAGCGAGUCGGACGAGGAAGUAGGAUAUGCUAGUUCAGAUGGCUUCCCCACGACUGGAUAUGCCACGCACUAUGCCCUUCCCAGCCUAAAUCAACAGCAGGCACACUUGUACCGUGAGAAGACCUUGUUUUGGGGUACGAUCUGCUCCUUUGCCGUGUCUUUCUUGCUCCUCCUUGUGGCAGGCACGCUUAUUUCAACUGGCCGACACAGGCUUAGAGCUGAAGUUGACGCGGGCGUCACCGUUGGUGUUGUUGCGAGCUUGUUCACCGCCUGUAGUGCCCUCGGUAUGACGUUAUACCGGCACGACCGACUGUCAUUUCCACAUCUGCUGGCGGUGUGGACUACCUUCGUCGUCUCAUGUAUCCUCAAUGGCAUGCUGCUGAUUUUGGUCGUGGGAAACUCCCCGUAAUGCGUAAAGGACCAAAGGUUAUCCUGAAUCCAUCGAAACUUGGUGAUCUCGACAAGAACGAGCCACAGUUGAGAUGCUUAAUGUUUGCAUGUGAGCGAUUAUUUUGACGGAUUGUGUUACUUGUUGAGCGAUUUCCAAGUUAUAGGAGCGAUGCUUGGGCAUUUUGCUUUCCACGCCGAUAGACUGAGAAGCCGGCCGUCUAGCUGGAGAUGUUGUGUACUAUAAUCGCGCCUGUGCUUUGGUAUACGCAUUUAUCUUCGAUUGUAAACGAAUAGAAAUAAUUGAAGCCUCGCGGUAUGCCAAGCUAGUGAGGCAAUGUCUCGCCUUGUAGAACUGUGAUAUAAGAGCUCAAAAAGAUGUCAAUAUUGCCACAGAGGUCUUGCAAUUCGUCCUAGCCAAUACCCAAUAUUUAGCCGUUUCGGUUGGAUGGCAUGAUGUGAUAAACAUGAUGCGUCUAUAUAGCUUUCGUCGUGGUUGCCUCAUUCAUCCAUGAAGCACCAUUGUGUCUCGUCAGCGUCUGCUAGAAACAUUUCAACCUUGUUGACAAGUUGUCCUGUAUAGAGUCAGAUGCCUUUCCACUAUGUCGGUUUCUGCUCCGCGGCUCGAUCCUGAACUGCGAGUCUUGCUAGUAACUUCAGAACUUACCAGCGACUCCCCAUCUCUUAGCAAAAAAGUGCAAUGACGCAAAUAUGUUGUGAAACCUUGUGUCAGCUUCGGGGAUUAGAUGCUCGAGGUGGCUCAGGACCAUGAGGCAGUGAUAUGCCGAGUAUGGCGUGACAGGUGAGCAGGGGGCGAGAAGGUGAGGGCGAUGGGCGAGUUGGUCGUUCAAGUCGGUUGUAGUGUCGGCAAUAAUACGGAUUGUGAAAUUAAGACCGGCGAUGGCUUUAGGGGCGAUAUCAUCGGCGGUCGGAGAAAAGGGCCCUGCAGCGGAUAUGGUGUUGGCGGCGCGAAGUUGGCGACAGUAAAGGAAAAGGAGGAGGCUAGGUCAAUUGUCAGUUUGUUUUCAACUACUAAGUACCUUUGGAAAGAGACAGU